GUCCGCCUUCGCGGCGGCGGAUCUGCUGCUGCUGGCCUGGGGCGCCGCGGGCGUCGAGGACCUGCCGCUGCGUCGGCGCCUGGGGGAGGCGGGCUGCGGGGGCUGCGGGGCCACGUUGGACGGGCCGGAUGGGGAGGCCGCGCGCCGGCUGCAGCGCUGGGCGCCGAAGUCCAAGCCGCCAGAGGCGGCGCAGGAGGCGGAGGAGCGG